GUUUGGCUCCUCUUCUGAUUGAACUGUGAAAGCUUCAAUGUGAAUUCAAUGAAACAAUGGAAAAUGUGUUGAUUUAAAUUGAAAGUUCAACCCUUGUUUUAUCUUAAUUUGUAUUUUUGAUUCUAUUAAUCUGCUUAAUUUGUGUGAAAAUGCUAAUUAAUCCAUUUAUUUUGUUACAAAUUGUUGCAAUUAUUUUCCAAUCUGUGUUUUUUAAUCAAGUGUCGCUGUUACAAGCAGAUUUAGAUGAACAAGCAUGUGAUUGUGAUCCUAGUGGAUCCGCAACUAUGCAGUGCAAUAAAUUCGAUGGCUCAUGUGUUUGCUUAAAGGGAAUAUCUGGUAAAAAAUGUGAUCAAUGUGCUCGAGGUUACCUUGGAUUGGCUCCUCGGUGUGAAUCAUGUGGUGAAUGUUUCGAGAAUUGGGACACAACAAUACAGCAACUUAGAGAUGAAACCUUAAGACUAAUUGAACGAGCUCGUAAGAUCAAACAAACGGGAGCACCAGGGGCUUAUGGAAAGUCUUUUAUUACAAUUGAAAAUAAAUUACUGGAUGCAGAAAUAUUAAUUUCAGGAUCAAAUGUUACGGACGCUGAUAUUGGAAAUGUAAACAAAACGAUUCAAGAGUUACAACGAGAGGUUGAUUUUUUGAACCAAAAAAUAUCUGCAGCUGAAAGAGAUACUGAUCAAACUGUUCAACGUACUGGUCAAGCCAAUUUACGCCUUGACGAGUUGAAAUUGUUGGCUCGUGGUUUGGAAGCUCAAAAUGCUGAGUUACGUGAAAAUACAACUAAACUCAAAGCAGAUGAUGUUAGGAGUGCAUUGAACCUGACAGAAGACGCUUACAGGCGAAGUUUAGCAGCUGAAAAAAAGGUUGAAGAUGCUAUACCUAACAUCUAUAAGUCUAGAAAGCUUAGAUAUGGAACAGAAAAAUUAAUCUCAUCCACAAAUUUCGAUCAUGAAAAAUCAAUGGAAAACAAUCGAGGAUCGCUGAGUGCGAUUUCGGCAAAAAUUAAACAUUUAGAAGACAAUAUUCCAGAUAUCAACAAAUUGGUUUGUGGCGGUCGAUCUACCGUUGAUAAAUGUGAUUAUACUUGUGGAGGAGCCGGUUGCUCAAAAUGUGGUGAUAUUUCUUGUGACGCUGCAACUACAAAAGCUCAAUCAGCACUCAACUAUGGCCAGGACGCUGAGAAAAUUUUGAAAGAACUGCGUGAAAAGGGAGAAGACGAGGUGAGGAAUACUGAAGAAGCUCGCCGUCGUAGUGAGGAAGCUUUACGUGAAGCUCAAAGAGCAUAUGAUAGAGCUAUUGCUGCCAGAAACAAUUCAGAGGCAAUGAGCAAAGAGAUUCAAGAUUUAUUUAAUCUUAUUGAUGAAUUCAUGACUGCCCAAUCAGCGACUCCAGCUGAGAUACGAACAGUUGCUGAAAACUGCCUGAAAAUUCAAAUAUCAUUAACUCCGGAACAAAUUCUUGAUCUUGCCAAUAAAAUCAACGUAACUCUCAAAAAUGUGAAAAACAUUGAGAAAAUUUUAGAUGAAACUGAAGCUGAUUUGCGUAGAGCACAAACACUCGAAUCAGAGGCAAACUUCACCAAGAAUCGUGCAGAUGAAAUAUUAGGAAUGGCCAGAGAGGUAUUGAAUGCUUUAGCUGUUGCUCAAGAAGCUCAAAAUGAAGCAGCGAAUUCAAUCAAAAAUGCUAAUGAACAAUUUAAUCGAGCUCAAAUAGAUCUUGAUUCCAUUUCAUCUGAGACUGAAAGUAUUGCUCGACAAUCAGAACAAGCUAAGAUUAAGAUCGAAGAACUACGAAAGAGAUUGGAAGGACUUCGAAUAAGCUUUACGAAAAAUACUUACUCAGUAACUCAAGCAUCCAAGGAAGCUGAUAUUGCUACAGAUAUGGCUAAAGCUGCAGAAGCAGAAGUUGGUGGCUUGGAAGCUAAGUUUGAAGAAGCUAAACGAAAACUGGCUCAAAAAGAAGCAGAUUCUGGCUUACAGAAGAAACAAUCAGAGUCAAUCAGAUCAAGAGCUGAAAAAUUAGCUAAAGAUGCUAGUGAAAAACUUCGACUCUUACAAAACAUAAAAGACAAUUACACCAAUAACGAAGAAGAUUUGACCAAAUAUGCUGAUGGAAUUGAGCAAAUGAACAAAGAUAUGUUGAAUUAUCUACUCAUCAUUGAAGCUAGAUCAGCAUUCCAUAAAAAUUGCCAAACUUAGUUAAUCGAUAAAAAUAAAGAGUCUUAAAUCUUUAAUUCCUUUUAAACCAAUUAUUGUAAAAAAUAACAAUAUUUCAUAUCAUA